AUGGAUCCGACACGCGGGCCCGGGCGAGCAGAGGGGGACGCGCUGCGUGAGGGAGGCGACGGCCUGACGGGCGGGGCCAGCUUGGCAGGGAGAGGGAAGCGGGCGCAGCUGCGGGAGGAGCGGCGCCGACAUGUGGGCCCGACGGGUCAGACACAGAUCGGAGACAGCGGUGACGCGCGCGACGAGAGGCUGGCGUGGGCUGACAUGCGGGCCCGCCCUGCAGUCGGGGGCGCGCGUGCAGAACGCGAGCUGGGCGGAGAAGCGAAGCAGGCCGAGCGGAGCGUGGGCGAGCGUGCCGCGGGCGACGCGCGCGGGCUGGCCAGUGCGGGGUCUGCGGGAGACUGGUGCACCGGGCUGGGUCAGACGUGCGAGCUCCGGGUCGCGCAGGAGCGAGCGCUGGGCUUCGGCGCGUGGGGAACAGCUGGGCUGAGGCGGGAGAGCGCGCCGGCUGGGCCAGGAGCAGAGAAGCGACGCGCGGUGUGGGCUGCGGGGGGGGGGGGGAAGGCGAGGGAGACGGGCCGUGUGGAAGAGAGGGAGUGGCUGGGCCCGCGUGGGGAGUGA